AUGACUGAAUUCGAACAGAAGGACGCUACCAUUACUUCAAUAUACUUCGACAAUGAAGAUCUUGAACUUUACCUCGGUCGACUGGAGAAGACAGAGGGUGCCGAAGCUAUCCGUCUCCCGUGGUACGGCGACACGGACGUGAAAACCAUGUUCUUGGAGCGUAAGACCCACAGAGAAGACUGGACAGGUGAAAAGUCUGUCAAGGCGCGUUUCCCAAUCAAAGAAAAUCUCGUGAACGCUUUUCUGCGCGGAGAAUAUAUCAUGGACGCGGAGCUCCAGGCUCUAGUUGAGAAAGGCAAGAAGAUACAAGCCGACGUCGAUUCCAUGAUUCAGCUUGCAAGCGAAGUUCAGUAUCGUAUUCUUACGAAGCAGCUCCACCCGGUCAUGAGGACGUUUUACAACCGAACUGCGUUCCAGCUCCCAGGAGAUCCUCGUGUACGGAUCUCACUUGAUACGGAACUCACGAUGGUCCGCGAAGACAACUGGGACGGACAGACGCGUACUUGCGAUAACUGGCGGCGAACCGACAUUGGGAUCGACCAUCCCUUUGACCAGGUGUUAGCGGCGGAUAAAGAGCUUUUCAAGUAUGGGGUUUUAGAAGUCAAACUUCAGACUCAGUUUGGACAAGAGCCUCCCAAGUGGGUGACGGACCUGGUUCAGUCACAUCUUGUCGAAGCUGUUCCCAAGUUCAGCAAAUUCAUCCAAGGCUGCGCUAUCCUACUGCCUAAUCGCGUAGAUCUCGUGCCGUUCUGGCUGCUUCAAAUGGACACGGAUAUCCUCAAGCCCAAGGUGUAUUUCGCAAACGAGCGCACGUUCUUGAAAUGGUUGAGCUUUGCGGUGCUGAUCGGCACUAUCGCUACGACGUUAUUGAACUUCGUACCUGCAGAUGAUCCGCGGGGCCUGAUUAGUGCUGCGCUAUUCACUCUGACUGCGCUGCUCGCGAUCGCCUAUUCGGCGAUCAUCUUCGUGUACCGAGCGCUUCGUCUGCGUGCCCGAUCGGCGGGAGGGCUUUAUUAUGACAAGUACGGAUCCACUAUUCUUUGCUUUGUGUUGUUGGUUGCGCUGGGGAUCAACAUUGGGUUGAGGGUGGCGUAUAUGUGAUGACAUGGGGAUGAGCUUUGGACGCUGAUAGUUAUACAGCUGACGUGAGGAACUCAUUUCCUCUUUAAGGUCUGUCCUACAGGAGCUUAGCCGCAAUGAACUAUUUUUGUUUCCAACUCCAUGUGAUUGCACUGCGCAGGGGACCAGAUCUCAUCGCCACAGCAUGGCCAGAAAUCAGUGAUAUUCAUGUUACAAAAUGUGUUCACAUGUGGUGCCAACACUGCUUCUGCCAAAAAUGGAAUCUAUCUAC